AGUUGGUUGCAGAGAGGACACCUUUGCGUGCAGAAGGACCCGGGUUCAAAUCCCGACGCCUCCAGAGACUGCGAGAGAGUGGCUGGCGAGGAAAUGGACGUCGCGCCGCCUGUGUGGGAAAGGGUGGCAGGAGCAGGGAAGACCCCCGGCCCUGGAGGACAAAACCGGAGAUCCGGAGAACAGAUUAAGCAGGAGCCAGAGGACGGGCUGCACCGGCACUGGGAAGCCCAGUUGCAGGAGUUCCUGAGGACCCUGGAGUCUCCCCACUCUGGCUUGGGAGCCCCCCAGUUGCCGGAGGAGCCCAGCCCCUGGGACGACGCCAAAGGCUUCCUGGCCUCCUUCGAGCAAGUGGCCAAAGCCUGCUGGUGGCCCCGGGAGGAGUGGGCGGCCCGGCUCCUGCCAGCCCUCAGUGGGGAAGCCGAGCGGGCCUUUAGCCGGCUGGAGGGCCGGGACAGAGAGGAUUAUGGGAAAGUGAAGGCGGCCAUCUUGCAAUGGGACAGCUUCCGGAGGGAGACUCGGCGCCAGCGCUUCAGGCGUUUCUGCUACCAGGAGGCCGAGGGGCCGAGAGGGGCUCACCGCCGGCUGCUGGAGCUUUGCGACGGGUGGCUGAAGGCGGAGAAACACACCAAGGAGCAGAUCCUGGAGCUGCUGCUUCUCGAACAGCUCCUGACCAUCCUGCCCGCGGAGGUCCAGAACUGGGUCAAGGGACGGAGCCCGGAGACCUGCUCCCAGGCGGUGGCCCUGGCCGAGGAUUACCUGCAGAGGCAGCCAGAGGCCGUGAGGCAGCGACCACAGGUGUGGCGGGGAGGGGGAUCCUGAGCAGCCUGGGAUCAGGGCAGAGAAGAUUUUAACCUGUCCUGAUGUAGAAGGGAAGAGGUCCAGAUGGCAUUCUG